GGUGGACCCACAUAGCCUUUAGCUCGAGGUGUAAAGGUCAACAUUUACAACCGUGCUCGUCACACAUAUGGCCUAAACUGUUUGGAGAGGAAAAAAUAAAUUACAUGCAACAAAAUAAGGGCUUGUGAGUCAAAUAGCAAAUAAGAAUGCAAAACGUUGAAAGGCAGAUAUCGACAAAAACUUAAAGGUCAAGUGUCAUCCCUAUAAACAUUCUAAAUUAGAUAUUGAAAUGAAAAAUACAUAUAACAUUAUUCACUUCAAUGUCCAUACGAAAACAUUUAUAUGAGCGGAGGGCGCGUCAUCCAUGCACCAAAUUGUGGAAGUGUCAUUCGACAUCCAAGUGGUCGCCGUGUUAGCUGCAUCUACUGUCCGUGACGUCACCCCGGACAUUUGUCAUUGAAAAGACGCUGUGGCCCCUACUAUGGAACACGCCCCUUCUGACACGGAAGAAGAGAACAUCUCACAAUCGAGUGAAGUGUCCGGGGCAAUAUAACCCUAUCGUUUCGAGCCAUAUUUAGAUGAUAUGCGGAUCACUUCUAACUAACAACAGACUCCCAGACAGUGUGUAUGGGCCAGCCCGGCCGAAGCCGUGCUCGUCCGCGAGGCACAACGUGGCAGCCUUCGCCGGUGAGCCCGACACGGAAGCCUUCGCCGGCGAGCCCGACGCGCACAUCGACACGUUUACCACCCCUGUCAUAUGUACGCGGAUCUUUUGUUACAUUAUGAGAGACGGAUUAUGUGGUCGCCCCCAAACUAUUAUUUUUUUUAAGUAACUGUACACACACCUAUCUGUCAUUUGGAACCCACGAAGCUCUCGUCCUUUGCACCCGUGCAAUCCAUUUCUCACGACGAACCGGGCCUCUUGGAAACUUAUGAAGGGUAAAUCCAUCCUCCCGAGUGUUCGAGCAAUAUCCAGGAAUGCAACGAGCCGGCAUUUUGGUUAACACGAAGGAACAACGAGUCUUCCCGCAGGUAAAACUAAUAGAAACCAAUGAGUCCGCUUGAGCGCGCUACUGCCUCCAACGUCACUUCCUGCUUCUUGUCGAAAACAAAUCCCUCGAGAGGAUUUUCAUGGCGGGAGUUACAAAAAGCCACAUACGUCAAAAUCAUGUUUUGUGGUGAAAAAAAACAGAUGGCUCCAUAUAGGGCUGACGUUUUUACAUUAAUAACAUACUAAAAAUCAUGCAUUUCAUGACACUUGACCUUUAACUAGUGAGUCAUUGCUUAUAAUUUGUUUUUUAUUUUCGCGAUUGUAAUUGAAAGACAUGUUUAAUGACGACAAGCUGCCCACCGCCAGCCAGGAAUGAAGUGGCAUUUCUUCCGCUGCUUCUUCCAACCUUCACUGCAUAGUGAGAAUAUUUUAUCCUGUCGACAGGGGGCGCUCACUUUGGCACACGUCCAAGCAGACCGAACGUCCCCUCUUGACGGUGCUCUUUGGCGGCCGUAUGGCAGCAAAGGUUCGAGCGGGUCCCCUGUGUCCAAUGUGUUAGGUCUUAAGUUAAUGUUGUACGUCUUCCAGAGAAUCAUUUCAAAAUAUCCACUUCGGGCAUUGGAGCAAUUUUUGUUAUUACGUAACUCCCGAACACUGGCGUCCAGAAUGGCUUUUCACUACCCCGCCGCUUACCGUGACGAUGCAAUUGUGGAUGAUUAUCAUGGCUACAAAAUACCAGAUCCGUACAGCUGGCUGGAGGACCCCGACAGUGAAAAAACACAGGCAUUCGUCAGUGCUCAAAAUCAGCUCACGUUGCCAUUUUUGGAGCACUGUGAGGUGCGGGAUCUGUUCAAGGAGCGCAUGACCGAGCUGUACGAUUAUCCCAAGUAUAGUUGUCCCUUCAAAAGGGGAAAUAGGUACUUUCACUUUUUCAAUACUGGCCUUCAGAACCAGAGUGUGAUGUAUGUGCAGGAAAACCUCGAUGCGGAGCCUACUGUGUUUUUGGAUCCUAACACAUUUUCUGACGACGGGACGGUUGCAUUACGAGGCUACGCUUUCUCGGAAGAUGGAGAGUACUUGGCGUACGGCACUAGUGCCAGCGGUUCGGACUGGGUGGAGAUGCACUUCCUGCGCGUGGAAGGCGCCGUUCCUCUGGAGGAUCACCUGCAGCGGGUCAAGUUCAGCUGCAUGUCGUGGACGCAUGACGGGAAGGGCCUUUUCUACAACUCUUACCCUGAGCAGGAAGGCAAAAGCGACGGCACCGAGACCUCGACUAACUUGGACCAGAAGCUGUACUUCCACGUUUUAGGAACCCCGCAGUCAGAGGACGUCCUCUGCGCCGAGUUUCCCGAUCAUCCCAAGUGGAUGAGCGGCGCCGAGGUUUCAGAUGAUGGCCGCUAUGUGCUGCUGUCCAUCAGGGAAGGCUGCGAUCCUGUCAACAGAUUGUGGUAUUGUGACCUCAAGAAGACACCUCAGGGCAUUACAGGACUUUUGCCAUGGGUGAAGCUCAUCGACAACUUUGACGCCGAAUACGAGUACGUAACCAACGAGGGCACGGUGUUCACGUUCAAGACCAACCUGGAUGCCCCACGUUACCGCCUCAUUAACAUCGACUUUGCCUCGCCAGCUCAGAGUGACUGGGUGGAGCUGAUCCCCCAGCAUGACAAGGACGUCAUCGUAUUCGCCACGUGCACAUUCUCCCUCUAUUUGUUUGUGUGCUUCCUCCACGACGUGAAGAAUGUCUUGAAAAUGUAUCGUCUCAGUUCCGGGCAGGAGCUCAGGACCUUCCCUCUGGAUGUCGGUUCUGUGGUCGGAUUCACGGGAAGGAAGCGCGACUCUGAGAUCUUUUACUAUUUUACCUCAUUUCUCUCGCCAGCCAUCAUUUAUCAUUGCGACUUGACCAAGGAUCCUCUGCACCCGCACAUCUUUCGAGAGGUCACAGUCAAAGGCUUUGACCCCUCAGACUACCAGACCACCCAGAUCUUCUACGCCUCCAAGGACGGCACUCAGAUCCCCAUGUUCAUCGUUCACAAGAAGGGCAUCAAGCUGGACGGCUCCCACCCGGGCUUCCUGUACGGCUACGGUGGCUUCAAUAUCUCCAUCACGCCGAGCUACAGCGUCUCGCGGCUAAUCUUCGUGCGCCACCUGGGUGGAGUCCUGGCCGUCGCCAACAUCAGGGGAGGCGGGGAGUAUGGCGAAACCUGGCACAAAGCUGGCAUGUUGGCCAACAAGCAGAACUGCUUCACAGACUUUCAGUGUGCAGCUGAGUACCUCAUCAAGGAAGGGUACACAUCUCCGUCCAAGCUCACCAUCAAUGGAGGCUCAAACGGCGGCCUGCUUGUAGCGGCCUGCGUGAACCAGCGGCCUGAGCUGUUCGGCUGCGCUGUCGCUCAAGUCGGCGUCAUGGACAUGCUCAAGUUCCAUAAGUUCACUAUCGGCCACGCGUGGACCACCGACUUCGGCUGCUCGGAAGAAAAAGAGCAGUUUGAGUGGCUCAUCAGAUACUCGCCCCUCCACAACAUCAGAGUCCCAGAGGACAACGGGGUCCAGUACCCCGCCGUCCUCCUGCUGACGGGCGAUCACGACGACCGCGUGGUGCCCCUCCACUCACUCAAAUACAUCGCCACGCUGCAGCACACGGUGGGCCGCAGCGGCAAGCAGUCCAACCCCCUGUUCAUCCUCGUUGACACCAAAUCGGGCCACGGCGCCGGCAAGCCCACCAGCAAGGUCAUCCAGGAAGUGGCGGAUACCUACGCCUUUAUCGCCCGCUGUCUCAAAAUCUCCUGGGUCAAAUAACUCGCCAUGCCGGGUCGACGUGUGUGUGCGCGCGCGCGCGCAUGUGUAUGUGCCCCGCCUCCUCCCUCCCAUGCCCUCCUCGAAGAACUCCAGUUGCACUUAUCGAAAGCACCGCAAGCUAAUGUGCGAAGGCCAUAAUGCUGUAAGAGGGGGAGGCGGGGUUACUGUGAUCAGCCAAUCAGCUGCUGUCAUUAGGCUCAAAUGGCAACUGCGGCGGACGCCCCGCCUACGUUAUUUAUUAUUGAUAUCUCAGCUUGCACAUUUCUCAUGAGGCUGCACCGUACAAAGGAUGUUGUGUGUAUGUGUGUGUAGUUCCAUACAAAUUCACUGAUUUCUACCUCUUGACAUAGGCCGAUUGUUAUCAUUGGAAAGGGAGCAUCAAAUAAUAAACAUCUUUUUUAAGCGGU